AGAGGGCUAUCCUUGUGUUCGGCCAGAAGCUCAAGUGACUCAAAUCCAAUCAUGAGCACUGAAGCGUCGGCCCCAUCUACUUCAGCAACUCCUUAUGCAGAGUUAGGACAACUCGUAGCCGAAAACAUGAUCAAUGCUAUAAACGAUCCACAUGCUCAAUGGGAUGUUCUGUCGGAAGAGGAAAUAGCGACUAUAAAGAAGAGAUGUGAGGAGUUAUUGGACUGGUUCACUUAUCUGAGCGCUGACGAUCUAACUGAUUAUGAAGUGGUGAUCCCAAAGGAUUAUCUCAAUAGGCGCAAAAAUACACCGUGCUUUGAUCCGCACGUCAUGAGAACGGUCGCGGAUCGGUUUCAAGAACGUGGCGAUGUCGAUUUCGCCAAAGAGUUUGGUAUGACUCUAGAGCAGCUAGUUGUAGCCAUACUUUGCGCAGCGAUGGAAGAUAACAACAAUCGCAACAUCAAAUUUGAUGUCCUAUGUGAUGCGCUACAGUUUGACAAAGGAACCUAUUACAUGGUGAAGAAAUUCCUUGGUGGCAAAGACGAUGGUGAUAAAUCGCCGAAGGAUCUGAUCAUGCAGACCUUUUGCACACCCAUUGACUGCUGUCUUGCUCUUACAAUGGCGUAUUGUGAGGUUUGCGGAUGGCCUUUUUCGUGUGACUGGGACGCCAUAACAUACGUGAAUGAUACUUGGACAGAAGAAGAGCAGAAUGAGUUUGAUAAGCUAACUAGAGAAGAGGCACAGCGGCAGUGGAAUGCGGCAAAAGCGCUCGUUAUGGAUCCAAAUUCCUCUGUUCAGGAACCCAGUGAUUAUAUGACACAAUGUGCCAUCAUUGAAAAUCAGUUGAAAAACUGGAAUGACACUGCUGACAAGGUUUUGGCUGAUAUGCACGACUUGGUUUCUUCCAUGGAUAGGGCUGUGCUGGUCGAGAAGCACGAUGCUGUCGUAAAAGAACGAAAUCAGGCUAUAGCAGACUUGGUACCACAGAGCGUAAUUGAUCGGCCAACCAUGACUGAUGAAGAUAUCAAAAAGUUGGAAAACGAAAUUAAUGCGGUGCGAGCUCGAAUGCAGAAGGUGCAAAUGCCUAGCGAAUGGCCACCACCGCCUGCUGAAGGCUUAAAUGCAAGGUUACGGCUGAAUGAAGGAGAGCUCUGCUUAGCUAGAAAAGAUGACAGUUCGGAUCUAGUGAUAGCGCAGGUUGUAAGCAAAACUGCUCCGUUCGCUUAUUCCCUCCGCUUUGUUGAUAACGGAACUAUAGAAGAAGUAGAAACAGGCGAUAUAGCCGUGCCUACGGUACCUAUGUAUGAUCCUGACAUCAAACGAACAAAUUAUAUUGGACUGCGAGUUGCUGCGUUGGUAAAUAGUUCAUAUUACCCUCAAGGACCAGUUUGGAGUACAGGAACGAUUGGGACAUUACCGAAUACUGCGCAUAAUAAAGAGUUUCUGAUCUUCUUUGAUGACGGCUUUGAAGAGUACGUUCAAGCUGCAUUUGACACUUGCGAUGACGCUGCAAUGCAGGCUUCUAUAGUUAUGGAUGAUAGGAACAUCGUGCAACAGUUUCAAGAUAAAAUCAAGAUGCUAAAGAUCUUGCCAUUGGCUAGGCAAUCAAUUGCCACGAACGGAAUCGAUAUCGCCAAAGGAGGUGUUUACCAGUUGAUACGACAAAAUCCGGAGCGUCGCCGAUUCAUUCAGAAAUAUUUUGAGAAAUAUCCAGACUGGCCUUUGGUGCGCAUGAAGAAACCAUCGCCACCUGAGCGGCCAGCUCAAGCCAUUGUGGCCUAUGAUCGCAACCAAGAUCGAGUAACUGCAUAUGUAGUGGCAACUGAUAGAGCUUUGUGUGUCCUGAGGUUUCCACCGAGGAACUGUUCUAGGCUCGUCGAGGAUACAUGCAGUGAAUUUGGAACACUUUGGAAACAAUAA